GUUAAAGUGAGAUAUAUUUUCAAGUUGGUAUAACGGUAACGGAGUGAACUGUUUCCGUUGACAGCAUUUCCGUUUCUUUUUUUCCUCUCUUUAUAGUUCAACAUGCCACCUAAGAAGGAUUCAAAGUCGUCCGCUAAGCAACCUCAGAAGACUCAAAAGAAGAAAGAGGGGUCUGGGGGUGGAAAGGCUAAAAAGAAGAAGUGGUCUAAAGGAAAAGUCCGUGACAAAUUGAAUAAUCAGGUAUUGUUUGAUAAGGCGACAUAUGAAAAACUUUACAAGGAAGUUCCAUCAUAUAAAUUAAUUACUCCAUCUGUUGUAUCAGAACGUUUAAAGGUCCGUGGAUCUUUAGCAAGGCGAGCAUUAAUUGAACUUCAACAAAAAGGACUCAUUAAGCAAGUUGUACAACACAGAGCGCAACUUAUUUAUACCAGAACUACAAAAGGAGAUGAUCCAGUCGCUUAAUGUUAAGAUAAAAUGUAUCUUUUAAAAUAAAGUUAAUAAAAAUAUA